CACCCUCCUCCCUGCAUGCCUCAGGUGGUUCUGGAAAACAAGGCAGGAGUCCAGGGACACCUUGGAAGACGGACGCUGACGUCAGCGCCAGCUUUGAUUGACGAGAUGCCGGAAUCGGCCGUGAAGUCCACCUCCAACAAAUACCAAGUCUUUUUCUUUGGGACUCACGAGACGGCGUUUUUGGGCCCCAAAGACCUCUUUCCAAAGUGCAAGGUGAAGUUUGGCAAGGCCAACAAGCGGAAGGGCUUCAGCGAAGGCCUGUGGGAGAUCGAGAACAACCCGACGGUCAAGGCCUCGGGGUACCAGCCCACCCCAAAGAAAAGGUCCCUGGCGGAGGAAGCGGAAGCCCCCCGGGAGAGGGAGCCGGGGGGCCUCGUAGAGAAGAAGGGCAGCCCCGAAGGGAGCAGUGAUGAGGAGGAGGGCGCCCUGGUGAUCGACGAGCAGUCUAAGGAAAAGAACGAGAAGGCCGGCAGCCGCAAGAGGAAAGCCACGGAGGAGGAGGAGGCCACCCGGGAGGAGGGCUCCUCCCCGAAACGCAGCAAGGCAACGGAGGAGGAGGAGGAGGAGGCAGCGGAGGAGGAGAAGACGGACAGCGAAGGCGCCCCCAAAGAGGCGGCAGAGAAGCAGAGGAGUGGCCUCCCUGAAGGGGGGGGCCGGGAUCAGAACAGCGACCCAGCAAAGAAAGGGGGGGAGGAGAACGAGGAGGAGGAGGAGGAGGAGCUCAGCGAUCACAAGGAGAGGUAGAGCGGGCUGGGGGGGGGGAGGCUGGAUCUCGCUCUGCGUGACAGCAGGGAAUGUGCCCACGUCUCUGCCCCGUCCUGUGUCGUCGUCUCCCCCACACACACACACACACAGACGCUUUCCCCCCAGUUGCAUUCUGGGAGUCCUGGCCUGAGGCCCAGCUGCCGUGCCCGGCUCCCUCGCCACCUCCGCUCUGGGGGGCACCCCUGCGUGAAGGGGGGGGGCUUUGUCACGGUGGACUUUAUCCCGUGUACCCCGUUUCAGAGGUCUGAUCCGCUUGAUCCGUGAGCGUUGUCCUCACCAGAGACUUCAGAAAUAGCUGUACAAAUAAGACCCCGGAAAGGGCCCACUUCACCUGCCCCGGGGCAAUACUUAGAAGAAGUGAGGGCCGCGUUUAGUCUUCCGCCAGCAAGCCCAGCAGAAAACUUCAGCAGGGUGACGAUCAUAAUCAAAAAGAGACACAGCUCUUUUAAUUAGACAAGAUAGUACAAACUAGAGACAAGAACAAGUUAACCCUGAAACCACUGAGAGACUGCCUGCAAGGAACGCCAACUCCUAACGUCGUUCAAUUAUGAGCUUUAAAGCUAGUCAAAUAACUGCCUUGGAGUGCUUCAGAGGGUUUAGGAAGACAGACAGACAGACAGACAGAAAUCUCCCCUCCCUCCUUGGACAGUAGCUCUUCGACGUGGCGCUUUUUAUAGGCAAAGGUGUACCGCCUCCACUGCCUUAGAAAACCGAUGGCUGUCGAGGUAAAUGAUUGAUUUGCAGUUUGACUCCAAUGCAAUCGUAUACAGGUGUGAGCUGAGAGUUGAUAGCAGAACCUUACUAGUAAUUAAAAGACAAGAAUCCUACCUUUUCCUUCAACUUCAUUCAUUGGCAGUCAAAGAUCAGACAGGUCACUGCUUUCCCUCACCAGCUGGUGAGUUCUCCGCAGCAGAGGGUGUGUGAACAGGACACGCGAGAGCAUAGGGGGGUGUGUGUGUGUGGCCGUGUGGAUCAUGGGGAUGGUG